AUGAGUCUCAUGCUUGCAUCAGAGAUGGCCAAUCUCGACAGGAACGCGAUUUAUCUUGUGACAAGUGCUCAAACUAAUGUCUGUAUGAAUGUUGGUUUGCUUACUGAUUACAAAAUGUUAUCUAAACCAAAAUUACUAAGGACAGUCUAUGGUACUACUUCAGUUAUUGAAGGUGAAGGAACGUUGGUUUUGAUCCACAAUCACGAGAAAAUUAUCAUUCCAAAUGUUGCAUAUGUUCCAGGAUUUAAUAAUAAUCAACUCAAUCCUAGACUGUUGUUUAAGCCUAAUCAGCCAACUCAUUUUCUUUUGGAUGCAAAUGGAAUGACUAGCCCCAUUUUAGGAAGAUUCGGAAUCGUAGACCCUGGCACCAAUUUAUAUAAGUUGACAUUAAAGAUACAACUUCCAACACCCAGAGCUCCCUUGCCCGAAGAUGAGAAUGCAAUUUAUUUUAAUACUAGUUCUGAUCAUCAUGUGUGUCGGGAUUGGACCUUGUUGCACAACUAUAAACCAUUUACUGAACCUUCACUCAUCACUAUUAAUAAAAAGAAGGGUUAUAUUAUGGGAACUGGAACGUUGAAAUUGGUCGAUGAAAAUAAUGGAAUUUAUCUUUUUAGGGACAUCCCAUUCGUGCCGGAGAUUAACCGUAACAUAGUUAAUCCCAUUCGUCUAUUAUCGGAGCGUAAUGAUAGACUUUCAUUCGAUGGUAAUUGUAUUACUCAUUCACGUUUUGGGAAGAUUGGUGUUCGUGAUGGUUUGACUGCGUUGUAUAGAACGACCUUACACCUUGAUCCUCCAACUAAUCGAGCCCACCAAUCAAGGAAACGAAAACACGAGUAA